CAAUUGAGCGAGAAAGGCAAGACUGGAACCAGCCAAGGACAAAACACCCCUAUUUUCUCCCGCACAGUAUGCCUCCGAUUUGCCGCCCAUGGACGGCCAAGAUUCCCGCAUAUUCGCCUAAUACCCCUCCUCAUCUCUCUCGUUCCUCCUUCUCCCUCCUCAUCUCUCUUGUUCCUCCUCCUCCCUCCUCUUACUCAAAGAAACCCCGGACCGGUCUCGACCCACAAGCCAAUGGGAAUAGUUCAGGCCAAGCCUCUCACGAACUCCGCACCUGGUGGGCUAGAGAAGCUCAAACUGGAUAAUGGGCACGUCGCAAAAGGGCCGCUUAAUGGUCACAGACGAUCAACUGGACAGUUCCAUAGGGAUCCUUUUAAGUCGCAGCAGCAGAGGGUUGAGUCCAGACUUUCAAAUAUCGAGCAUGGCAGUGGCGGCAGCAGCAGCAAUGAAAGGGCGACGGCGGCGGCGUUAACUGGUGGUAGUGAGGGAGAGAAAGAUGAUGGGAGUCAGAGAGUUUCUUAUAAAGUUUCUGUGGAUGAGGAGUUGGUGGAUGGAUGGCCCAAGUGGCUCACUGAUAAUAUUUCGAGAGAGAUUUUGGCUGGCUUGGUUCCCAAGAGUGCCGACUCUUACGACAAGCUCGAUAAGGUGGGUGAAGGAACCUACAGCAAUGUGUACAAGGCUCGAGACAGGGACACUGGAAAAAUCGUUGCCUUGAAGAAGGUCCGGUUUGAUACAUCGGAACCCGAGAGUGUUAAAUUUAUGGCACGAGAGAUUAUGUUUUUACGGAAACUGGAUCAUCCCAAUGUAGUCAAGCUUGAAGGAUUGGCUACCUCAAGAAUGCAGUACAGCAUUUAUCUUGUUUUUGAUUUCAUGGUGUCAGAUUUGACAAGAAUUAUUUCCAGCCCUGAAGGGCUUACUGAACCACAGGUCAAGUGCUAUAUGCAUCAAUUGCUUGCAGGUCUGCAGCACUGUCACGAGAGGGGAAUUAUCCAUCGAGACAUCAAGGGAUCAAACCUAUUGUUAGAUAAAAGUGGAAUGCUAAAAAUUGCAGAUUUUGGGCUUGCAAACUAUUAUGUGCAAAACCCUAAGCGCUCUCUCACAAACCGAGUUGUGACACUUUGGUACAGAGCACCUGAGCUACUGUUAGGUUCUACAGAUUAUGGAGUUGGCAUUGAUCUUUGGAGUGCCGGUUGUGUCUUGGCUGAAAUGUUUACAGGGAGACCACUUCUGCCUGGUAGAACAGAGGUUGAGCAACUUCAUAGGAUUUUCAGGCUUUGUGGCACACCAUCAGAGGACUACUGGAAAAGACUGAAGCUAUCUACAACUUUUAGACCUCCACGUUCGUACAAACCCAAUCUUCAAGAAGCUUUCAAGGAUUUCCCUAUUUCUUCAUUGGGUCUGUUGAGCACUCUCCUUGCUUUAGAUCCUGCCUACCGUGGUUCUGCAUCUUCGGCUCUAAAAAACGAAUUCUUUUUCAGAAGCCCCUUAGCAUGUGAACUUUCUGGUCUACCUGUAAUCUACAAUGCGGAUGAUGAAUUGAAACUAGCCAAUGAGCAUAAAAAGUCUAGGAAAGUAAGGCGGUCUCGAACACGUGAGCGCCAGAGACAAGAUGUAUCUGCUGCGAAAGUAAAAGAAAUUUCUGCAUCUUCCAACCAGGGUCUUCAGGAGCAGGAGAAAACCGUUGGUUCAAAUUUCGAAGGUGAGCCAGGAAGCACUACUAGUAGCAACUCCUCCAGUGCAAACCAGGAAGGCCGGAAGGAAAGCCCGAUCUUCUCCCUCUCCCCAGUUGAAGGUCUUUCAAGUGUUACUAAGAACGUCAAGAACCUACCUCCAUUACCCAAGUCUAAAGCGCGUGCCACAAAAGACAAUCAGAUUAACAGGUCUGCAUCCAACAGAGAAUUCAGAAGGUUCAAUCCAAGGGAGCUAGAACUCUAUGCUCUUGAUGACUAGGCCCCAUUUCAUGAGCAUAUAGAGCUGCACCAUAUCUUUUUCUUACAGUCAUUUUCCCCUCUACUGAAUAUUUGCCAACAUGAAUUUCUGGUUUCGUGUAUAAUGCAAUGAUUUUUUAUUA